GGAUGCCCCAAAAGUCAACACAGGCCAGGUUCCCGCGUGCUGAGAGGAAGCCGGUUAGCGACUGGAGGAGACAAGACCACCGAGGACCAGUCCCUGCGCGUGCGUCAACAGCAGGAGAGCGAAGCGGAGCUGUUGACUUUGGGCGCUGACGAACGUUUGGCGAUGUGA